AUGCUUGCAGACGAAAUCAAGUCUGUUUAUGUGAGAAACUUACCACCUACUGUAUCUGCUUCUGAAAUUGGGGAGGAAUUCAAGAAUUUUGGUAAACUUAGUGAGGAGGGUGUGGUGGUUAGAAGUCGUAGUUUUAGCGUGAUGGGGAAAGAGGAAGAUAGAAUGUCACCUAGACCUUCAACGUCGACUUCACAGUCAUAUGUUGGUCCUAUAAAUCCAUACUACCCGCCGAGGCCUCAAAAUACAUAUGGAAAUCCCAAUGUCUACCAUCAUCCUUUUUAUGUAAAUAUGCCCUACCCUUCGUCAAGUAAUCCGGAGGACUUUAGACGAGUUGAAGAUUCAUACCAGAUGCCACCUCAUAUCCCCUACCCUCUGUCAAGUAAUCUGGAGGACUUGAGGCAAGAAACACCCCCCGCAUCAACUUUGCCAAGUAGUUCUGAAUUUGACCAAAAUGUUGAAAAAACUUUAUCUGACACAAAUGAAGAGGCAGAGGCUACAACUGUUGUCUCGGAUGAUGGUGUACGAGUUGAAGCACCAAAAUCCGGUAUGGAAUUCGAAAGUGAAAAAGAGUUUACAGCCUAUUAUAAGAGAUAUGCCAAGCAAGAGGGCUUUGGUGUAAGGACGCAACGGACAAAGAGAGAUGAUGAUGGGAAGGCUGUGUAUGUGACUGUUGGUUGUGCCCGUGGUGGAAAGUACCGACCUAGGCAUAGUAAUAUCUCGAGGCCACGGCCAACCACUAAAACAGAUUGUAAGGUGAAGGUAAAUGCCUCCUUGAGUAAGAACGGCAAAUGGGUUAUCACUACUGUUGACAUUGACAAUGAGCAUAACCACAUUACUGUGAGUCCCAAGAAGACAAGACUCUUGCGAUCUCACAAGUGUCUAGAUGAAUACAGCCAAAAGAUGCUCGACCUUAAUGACAGAGCCGGUAUUAGAAUGAACAAAAAUUAUUACUCACUUGUCGUCGAUGCGGGGGGUUUUGAGCAUCUAGAUUUUCAAGAGAGAGAUUGUCGGAAUUUCAUUGACAAGGCUAGACAUUUAAGAUUGUGUAAAGGAGGUGGUGAAGCACUUAAUGAAUAUUUCCAAAGAAUGAGAGAUCAAAAUGAUGGCUUUGUUUCUUUCAUGGACGUGGAUGAUGAGGGAAGGUUACAAAAUGUGUUUUGGGCUGAUGCACGGAGUCGAGCGGCCUAUGAGUAUUUCGGAGACGUUGUAACCUUCGAUACAACGUACCUAAGAAACCGGUACGGGAUGCCCUUUGCUCCAUUGGCGCCCAAAGCCAUCAUAACCGACCAAGACCGGGCAAUGAAGAAUGCUAUUGCAAUUGUAUUUCCGGAAACUCGCCAUAGAUAUUGUCUAUGGCAUAUAAUGCGCAAACUUCCAGAGAAGUUAGGAUCUCAUUCCCAAUUCAACGCAGGGUUGAACACCUCCAUUCAAGCCGCAUUGUAUGAUUCACAAACUUCCAUGGAAUUUGAGGAGAGGUGGAGUGAAUUACGUGACAAGUACGAUCUCAGAGGCAAUAAUUGGCUCCAAUCCUUAUACGAUGAAAGGACUUUUUGGGUUCCAGUUUACUUGAAGAAUGUAUUCUGGGCUGGUAUGAGCAUGACACAAUGGUCAGAAAGCAUGAAUGCUUUUUUUGACGGGUAUGUCCAUUCCAGUACGACUUUGAAGGAAUUUGUCGACCAAUUUGAUAAUGCUCUAUGA